UUCUGUCAUAAAUUUUAACGGUUACGAAAAUAUUAAGGUAGUGCAUAUUAAGCUAACUCAGUGUCGGUCUGUCAUAAGAAAGAUAUCCAAGUCUUAAAAUAUUGUUAUGUUUUGUUUUUUCUGAUUUGUUUUAGAAACGUGUAACAAAGCUUAGAAAAAACUGAAAACAUUAGCAUCGACAAAAUAAAAGUGAUUCCUUUUGACAAGUGCAACAGAAAGCCAUAUUAAAGAAGAAUUCGUGAGGCCAAUAGAUAAUCAAAAGAGCAUAAUGCAAACCAUCAAAUGUGUUGUUGUUGGCGAUGGUGCCGUUGGUAAAACAUGUUUGCUCAUCUCAUACACAACAAAUAAAUUCCCAUCGGAAUACGUUCCAACCGUGUUUGAUAAUUAUGCCGUCACAGUUAUGAUUGGCGGUGAGCCAUACACACUAGGGUUGUUUGAUACAGCAGGCCAGGAAGAUUAUGAUCGUCUUCGACCGCUUUCAUAUCCUCAAACAGACGUUUUUCUCGUUUGUUUUUCUGUUGUUAGUCCAAGCUCAUUUGAGAACGUAAAGGAAAAGUGGGUUCCUGAAAUCACACAUCAUUGUCAGAAAACACCGUUCUUGCUGGUCGGUACUCAGAUCGACUUACGCGAUGAAAAUGGUACAUUGGAGAAAUUGGCAAAAAAUAAACAAAAGCCAAUAACAUUGGAACAAGGCGAAAAAUUGGCAAAGGAAUUGAAGGCAGUCAAAUAUGUUGAAUGUUCAGCAUUGACACAGAAAGGGCUGAAGAAUGUUUUUGAUGAAGCAAUUCUAGCUGCACUUGAACCACCAGAGCCUGCCAAAAAGAAACGUUGCAAGAUUUUGUAGAAACAUUCAAUUGUAUUCCAAAACGAAAUGAAGAAGAAAAAAUAUCGAGACACGACACCAUCAAACAAUUAUAGACUUCCAAUAACAUCGGCGGGGCUUUAGUGUCUUUUUAUAAUUUGAAUCGCAGAAAGGAACUUUCUUUUACAUAUAAUUUCUAUUUCAUGUUUUUCCAUCGUACACGCAACAACGCAUUUGUUUCCUAAUCCUAACGUGAGCAUUUUUCAUUAUGUUUUUCUUUCUCUUUCCAUUAUUUUUUUAAUGAAUGGUAACUAUCAUCAAUCAAAACGAAGAGAAAAAAUUAUUCAAUAUAUUUCUAAAAUUCCUUUUACUAUACAAUUCUAGAUAUUUAUUAACCAGGGUUAAACAUUCACGUUAAAAAUGCUAAAUAAUUGAAUUAAUUGGAUUAAAGAUGACUUUUUAAGCUUAAGAUUGGGAAAGAAAAUUAAUAAUCUAUUAGAAAAAUAAAAGCUUUGUUACGUGAAGGGAUUUAACUUUGGUAAAAAAAACCAUCAAAGUAUUUAGAGAAAUAAUAAGUGAAAAAUGAAUCAAUUAGCAAGCAACAAAAGUGUGCGCGGCUCCAUUCAUGAAAUUUUACAUAUAUCUAAUCUGUCUUUGAAUUUUAACUUAUUUGAAUCCAAUCAUUAUUUUUUUUCUCCUCGUGAUUGCAUUUGCAAUCGAAAACAAUUUAAUUAACAAAAUAUGCAUGGAGGAAAAUAUAUUAGUAGAUUCAAUUUUAUUUUUAUAAACGCAAUUAGCUGUACGACUCUUCGACUUCCUUUAUUGUUUAAGAAAUGCAAACAAAUGAAUUAUUUAUGAAAAUAUUUUCGAGAUUUAGGUUUCUUUCUCGUCUUUUUUGUGUUUGGUGAUUAGACUCAACGAACCUUGAUGCUAUCUACCUACAGAAAGUUAGAAUUAACAGUAAAAAAUUACAAUCCCUUUUUUUCUUUUCACAUGAAUUAUAUUAUUUCUUAUCCAGUUCAAUUAUUUUCAAGACAUUUUGAUAAGAAAAUGCAUAAAAUAUUGACAUGAAACAACUAACGGAUUAAAGAAACGUAAAUCUAAGGGAUUUUUUAAGACGAAAAUUUAGUUACAGCAGAAACUGAUAACCAAUUAAUAAUUGAGACAUAAAUUUUAUAAAAAUAAAUAAAUAAGAAACAAAUAUCGAAAAAGCAGAUGCAAAA